GAAGAGAGUAGUCGACCGUGUGCAAACAGAGACAGCAAUACCACUGCAGGACACGGCGCUGAGAAUUCCGUUAACGGAAACGUGGUUAUGGAGCCCGGCUUAUACGGUAUGGGAGUGUGCUCAUCAUCUUGUUAUACGACCCUCGUGUGGUUACGGAUGUCAGCCGAGGCGCCAACACCCCGAGCCCCAACCCAACGCCCCAAAGUGACAUCGACACCGACCUAG